AUGGGCAAGAGAAAUUUCAAGACUGGUAAAGGCUUCACCAAGAGAGACAAAAAAGAAACUAAUGGCAACGGCCAGUGGACAGACGUGAAAAGGGAAAACGAAAAGUGGGAAAACUACUACAAGUCCUCUGGGCUCAUUCCAGACGAUGAGUGGGACACUUUCAAAGAACACUGCCAAAGGGAUUUGCCGUUGACGUUCAGAAUCACAGGCUCUAGAAAGCACGCAUUGGAAGUGAACCAGAAAUUCAUAGACGACCAUGUCUCUAAACUUCAGGAUGAGGAGUUUGAGGGCCAGAAGCUCGCUCCAAAAAACAUUGAGUUCUACCCAGCCAAGUUGGGAUGGCAGCUUGAUGUGCCCAAAUCCGUGAUAAGAAAAAACGCUCAGUUUGCUGAUACACAAAGGUUUUUGGUGCUAGAGACCGUGGUGGGCAACAUCUCGAGACAAGAGGCUGUUUCUAUGAUUCCUCCUCUUCUUAUGGAUGUGAAGCCUCAUCACGCGGUUUUGGAUAUGUGUGCUGCUCCAGGAUCGAAGACAGCUCAAUUGGUCGAGGCCUUGCAUGCUAACGAUGAGCAGGAAUUGGCAUCGGGCUUUGUUAUUGCUAACGACUCUGACUACAAGAGAUCCCACAUGUUAGUGCACCAGGUCAAGAGACUCAACUCGCCAAAUUUUUUGGUGGUGAACCACGACGCGCUGAUGUUUCCUAGAAUUAAUAUCGAUGGUCAAAUCGUCAAGUUUGAUAGAAUCUUGUGUGAUGUGCCUUGCUCCGGUGAUGGUACCAUGAGAAAGAACGUCAAUAUAUGGAAGGAUUUCACUGUGGGCAAUGGAUUGGGAUUGCACUCUUUGCAAGUGAACAUUUUGAACAGAGGUUUGCAGUUGUUGAAACCUGGUGGACGUCUUGUGUACUCUACAUGCUCCAUGUCUCCAAUCGAGAACGAAGCUGUUGUUGCUGAAGCGAUGAGAAAGUGGAAUGACACCGUGAAGAUAAAGGAUUGCUCUGAGGAGUUGCCUGGUCUUAAGAGACGUCCAGGUGUCAGCAAUUGGAAAGUCUACGGUAAAGACAUGAAUGUACGUGAGAAAGGCGAUGAGUCUGUGCCUGCCAGUGCAUUCCCACCAUCUGAGGAGGAGGCUAAGCAAUUCCACUUAGACCGUUGCAUCAGAGUUUACCCACAUUUGCAAAAUACUGGUGGAUUUUUCAUAACAGUAUUCGAAAAGGAGGGUACCGACAAUCAAAAGGGUGCUAAAAGAGCGGCCUCUACCGAGGCUGAGGUGGAUUCCAAGAAACAAAAGAUUGAGCCUAGCGCUGAAGCUCCACAGAAAAAGCAGAAGGCUCCACGAAUUGCCAAUGAAGAGCCGUUUGUUUUUCUCGACCCCGAGAAUGAUCAGUUGAAGCUGUGCUGGGAAUUUUACGGGAUCAACGAUAAGUUUCCUAAAAACACUGCGUUGGUCAGAAACGCCAUGGGGGAACCAGCUCGUGUAAUCUACUACGUGAGCCCAUCAAUUGCAAGCAUUUUGAAGAUCGAAGAACAAAAAUUGAAACUUGUUCACGCCGGUAUUAAGAUGUUCACCGUUCAAAGAAACGAUAGCAGUAACUGUCCUUGGAGAGUACAAAGCGAAUCCUUGCAUACGCUCAAGAACUUCUUGAGUGGCUCCAGAAGCUUGUUCUGUAAUACAAAUAUCUUGCAGGUUCUUCUUCAGGAAGCCUUCCUUAAGAUCGAGACACUCAGAGAGACCGGCCUUGAUAAUGAGUUCUGCGAUAAGCUAGAAGGCAUCAGCGAAGGAUGCUUGUUUUUGACAGUCAAAAGAGAAGGGCUAGAGGAUGCUAUUUUCCCAUUGUGGAAGGGUAGAUCCAACGUUAACUUGAUGGUAAACAAGCAGGACACUCAGGAGUUACUCAUGAGACUCUUUAACAUCGCAACGUCUGCUAAGGAUGAGGGAAAGGAAAAGAAGCACCAGAAAGAAAUCGAGUCGAAGAGAAGCUCUGAGCAACCUGAGGAGAUGAAGGAAGAAAGCAACAACAAGAGCAAAGACGCGGAAACCGAGGCUUGA